AUGGGUAUUAUAAAAAGGUUUUUAUUACAAAGUGCUCUUCUAUUUUUUCUGUGGAAUUGUGUACAAAUAAAAUGUGAGGGUAACAAAGAGAUAAUAAGCGCAUUUAAAAUUGAUCAAAAUAAAAAAAAAAUAGUGGACCCAACAAUAAAAGUGGAAAAUAUAAAGCACGAAGGAACAAUAAUUUCUGAAAAUGUAAGAAUAGAAAAUUUAAAAAAAGAAGAAACAAAAACUGCAAAAAAUGUGGAAGAAGGAAAAUCUACUAAUAAUAAAAAAUUGGAAAAAGCUAUAGAAGAUAUACAAGGAAGUGGAAUAAAAGAAAUAAAUAAACCAAAAGUUGAGAAAAAAAAUUCAAAUUCAAUUGAAAAAUUAGGAGAUAAUAAAAAUAAUCUCAAAGCAGCAUUUUUACAAAAUAAUGAUUCAAAUUCAAAUGCACAAAAUACAAAAGAGGAUAUUAAAGAAACAGAAGUUUCUAAAGAAAAUAUAAAAGCAGAAGAAAAUUCCAAGGAAGUGGAACAUUCUGUAGUCAAAGAAAUAACACCAAAAAAAGAAGAAAUUAAAAUUGAAAAUAAAGAAGUAAAUGCGCCUGAUCAAAAAAAUGAAAACAUCCCUCAAAAUAGUAAGAUGAAUGGCAGUAAAAAUAAAAAUUUAGAAAAUGAAUAUAUUGAUUUAACAAGUAAAAAAAUAUAUGAAGAAAUAAAUAAAAAUAAUCAUCCAAAAGGUUCGAAUUUAUAUUUUUUGAAAAUAUUAUCAAUUUCAUCAUCUAUAUUUAUGCAACUUAUAUUAUUUCCUACAAUAUUUAAGAUAUUAAAAAGAAAAUCAGCUGGAGAAUUAGAUGGUUUACCUUACGUAAUCUUAUUUUUUUCCUCUUUUUUAUGGUUAAUUUAUGGGAUACUAAUAAAUAAUUCAGCAGUUGUUUUCCCAAACUUAGUAGGAUUGUUGUUAGGGAUAUUAUAUUCUGUAGUGUAUCAUAAAAAUUGUAAAAGCAUGUGGUUAAAGCAAAAACUGUAUUCCUACUAUAAAAUAUGUGGUAUUAUAUCUUUUCUGUUAUAUGCUCUUUUAUAUAUUUUGACAUAUGAACAAUAUCAAGCAUUUGUUGGUUUUAUAGCAUCUGUGUCAAGUAUAAUUAAUUUUGGUGCACCAUUAUCAUAUAUACAAGUAGUUAUAAAAAAAAGAAACUCCUCAUUAAUUCCUUUAGAAAUGACUAUAGGUAGUCUUAUAUGCUCCUUUUUAUGGUUGACCUAUGGUUUUACAUUAAAAGAUGCCUUUUUAAUUAUACCUAAUUCGUGUGGUUUUUUAUUAAGCUUAAUACAAGUAAUUUUAAUUGUAUUAUAUUCUAACAAGGAGCCAUUAAAUUAUAUAGAUAACAAUUUUAAUUAUAAUGAAGGAAGCAAUAAAUUUGUUCCUGAUAAUGCAUUUUUUAAUGAAUACAAUUUAGAAGAUGAACACAAAAUAAAUGAAAUUUCAACAAAUAAUCGUGAAUCAUUUUUUGAUUUUUCUUAUGAUGAAACUUCUCCACUGACUGGAAAUUAUAAUGUAAAUUAUAACGAAAAAGAUAUUAAAACAGAAAAUUAUCUUAAUCAUUCAGAAACUGGGGAACUAAGUACAGCAUUAAAUUUUUAA